AUGCUUGGCGGGCCUGAUGUCGAGCUUGGGCUCGGGGGGGAGGAGCUGUCCCGCUGGUUGGAAGACAGGCUUCGAGAGCAACGUGAAAGCAUGGAAAGGCAGCACUUGCUGUUGCUGGCUCAGCUCAAGAGCUUCACACCCAAGAGGACUCGAACCUCUCGGACUUCCUUGGCCUCUAGUGAGUCUGAGAUGCCGCUCCCCGAAUGCCAAGUUCAGACACCCUCAUGUGACGCCGGCUCGCGGACGAAGCCCAAAGCAACCUCACUGAGAGAGACUUUGUCAUUGGCAAGGUUGGAUUUCAUUCCACACAGCAUGCAAGAGAGGUGGUGGCAUCCACGUCAGCUGGUUCGCAACAUUUGGUUUGAAAUUUUUUAUACCGUGCUGAUUCUGCUGCAAGCGUGCGGCAUGGCAAUCGAAGUGCAGUUGCAAGGCUUGGAGUGGGGCUACCAAUUGAACUAUGAUGGUUAUACCAGUGGAGCCGAUGCAAUUUGGCCACCUUUGCCUGAGAUACUGGAGAUUUGCGAUUUAACCUUUGGCUGCUUGUUUGCUGUUGAGGUCGUGGUGAAGGUGUGGGGGUUGGGCCGAAGAUACUUCAAAUCCUUUUGGAACUUCUUCGACCUCUCCCUGGUCUUACUUUGGUGCCUUGAGAUGGCGGUGGCUUUAAUGCCGAUGCAAAGCCCGUCCUUGCGGUUGUUGCGGCUCAUCAGGCUGCUGCGAUUGGUAAAGCCUUUGAGAACAAUUAAGAACUUUGACUCUCUGAUCAUCAUGACUACGGCAUUGAAGCACAGCAUGGGAGCCCUUUUUUGGGCGUCGAUCAUCAUGUUGGUGGUGGAAGUCAUGCUGGCACUGCUAUUGGGCCAGUUAGCCAUUGCUUUCGCGCGGGCAGACGAUGAGUCUCCGAGCGGGGACACUGAAGUCGAGUUGAAGAUCUUCGAAUAUUUUGGCACGUUUCCGCGGAGCAUGCUGACGAUGUUUCAGAUGACGCUUGGGACCUGGGUCACUGUAGCAAGGGACUUGCAGGAACUCAUCACACCUGCCUUUAAUUUGCUGACAAUCCUUUUCAAAGGGACCUUUGGAUUUGCAGCUGUUGGUGUGAUCAACGGAGUUUUUAUGCAAGAAACCAUGAAGGUGGCACAAACGGAUGAUAUCAUCAUGAUGCGAGAUGUGGCGAGGCGAGAGAAGGUCCAUUCCAACAAAAUGACCGCCUUUUUUCAAUACACAGAUCACUCGCGGGAGACGCCCAUUACCCGAUCUGAAUGGAACAAGGUCAUGGAACGGGAUGAUGCACGUCAUUGGUUCGGCGCGCAGGGCCUUCCGAUCAGGGAUCCAGACACGAUCUUCAACCUAAUUGAUAGUGACAAUAGUGACUCAAUCAGCAUAGAUGAACUGGUGUUUGGUGUGUCUCAACUCCAGGGAGUUGCCUCUGGCGUGGAUGUGGCCAUAUUGAAGCAAAAUCAGAUCUAUUUGAUGGCCUUGAUUGAAAAGGUGCUUGAGAAAUGUGAGGUGUCGAGGGAGGUGGAAACCGCCAAGCUAAUGCCUGAAAUGGAUUCUGUGAAACCAUGCUUGCAUUUGUAG